UUAGUUUAUAAUAAGUGUUGCCCUUAGACAGUUGUGAAAUGAAAUUAAAUCCACUUUUAAUUUGUGCCACAUUUUUUUUAUUUUUAACUCAAACAAAUGGAGCAAAAAUAUUAUCAAUAUUUGGCUAUCCAGGACCAUCACAAUAUAUAAUGGCUUCGGCUUUAUUAAAAGGUUUAGCCGAACGUGGCCAUAAGGUUACGUCCAUAUCAACUUUUCCCCAAAAAACGCCAGUGAAAAAUUUUAGAGAUAUAACAGUAAUGGAAAAUUCUAAACUCUAUGAGGCUACAAUGACUGAAGCGGUUGGUGAGGAGAAAAAGAAAAGUUUUUUCGAUGAGUUAUUUGAAUUCACUGAUGUUGGCGUCCAAAUGGUAACAAAUGUGCUGGAGCAUCCAAAAGUUAAGGAUAUUAUGAAAAAUGAAAAAUUCGAUUUAAUAAUUGUAGAAGCUUUAUUAUGUGAUGCUCUAUAUGGUUUGGGACAACAUUUCAAUGCUCCUCUAGUGGCUGUAUCCACUUUUGGUACCAUCAAUUUUGUUGAUGUUUUAGUAAAUAAUAUAUCGCCCAUGUCGUAUAUACCUCACAUAUCGUUGCCUUAUGAUAAUCGCAUGAAUCUUCAAGAAAGACUGGUCAAUGUUGUCUCUAGUGUUUUAGAUGACUUUUGCUAUAAUUUCCUUAUGUUGCCGCCACAGAAAAAACUUUUCCAUAAAUAUUUUCCUUCCUCUCAAAUGACAUUUGAUGAAGUGCGAAAAAAUGUCUCUUUAGUUUUGUUAAAUCAACACUUUACCUUAAGUUAUCCCAGACCAUAUGUAACCAAUAUGAUUGAGGUUGGUGGCUUACAUAUAAAACAAAAACCUGAUCCUUUGCCUCAAGAUUUACAAGAAUUUCUCGAUAAUGCCACUGAAGGGGCCAUCUAUUUCUCAAUGGGUUCUAAUUUGAAAAGUAAAGAUAUACCAGCUGAAACUUUAAAAGUAUUUUUGGACACAUUUAGAGAAUUAAAAGUAAAAGUUUUAUGGAAAUUUGAAGCUGAAACAUUACCCAAUAAACCGGAUAAUGUUUUUAUCAAAGCCUGGUAUCCACAACCCUCCGUUUUGGCUCAUCCUAAUGUUAAGCUGUUUAUAUCGCAUGGCGGUUUCUUGAGUACCACCGAAACUAUAUUCCAUGGUAAACCCAUAUUGGGUAUACCGGUUUUUGGUGAUCAGCCUAUGAAUGUUAAAAAUGCUGUAAAAUCCGGUUAUGCUUUGUCUUUGCAACUAAAAGAAAUUACUAAGGAUUCUUUCAAAUCUACUAUUAUGGAACUUUUAUCAAAUGAUCGUUACACUAAACGGGUUCAACAAUUAUCGAAACGUUAUAGAGAUCAACCGCAAACUCCCUUGGAAAAGGCUAUUUAUUGGAUUGAGUAUGUUUUAAGACAUGACGGUGCUGUUCAUAUGCGUAAUCCUGGUGUUGAUUUAAACUAUUUCCAGCAAUAUAAUCUUGAUAUUUUCGCUAUAUUAGCUGUAGGUUUAAUUGCGGUUAUUACAGUGUUAAUAUUAGUUAUCCGUUUAGUGGCAAAAUUGUUAAGUGGCACAAAAAAAUCGAAGAAAAAUAAAGUUAAGCGUAAUUAAUGAAAAAGAAAAAGAUAGAUAUUAAUAAUUGAAUACAAUUGCAUUUUGUAAACUUGUAAAUUGCUAUACAAUUUAUGUUAUUUGAUACUACAACUAAAUAAAUAUUUUAUUUAUAAAAUA